AGGGGGGUGAGUGGUGGAAGAAAAACGGGAAUCACUCAUUGAGCCAGCCAAAGGAGAGGUGGGCGACACGAGGAGAGAAGAGAAACAGCAGCCAGUCUGAGAGAAAGUGAGAGUGAACGGGAGCUGAAGGGACGGGAGGCAAAAAUGGCACAGCGUCUGCGUUUGUACUUUGGAUCUGGCCGCAGCAACACAGCCCCGGAGAUUCUGGAGACGGGCUCAGAGGAGCAGCGGGGAGAAGGUGAAGUGCUUGGAGAGCUUUGCGUGCACCCACCUCCAUUAAGGCCUUCUCAGGAGUUGGCUGUGCAACACGGCCCGCCAAUGAUUUCUGGUUCGUGCUCGGAGCUUUCACUUAAACGCAGCUCCUCUAUGUUCAUACCCCAGCUCGCCGCCUACGCUGAGCCACGUCCCACCAAAAGCUCGUCCAUGCACAUUUCCCUCCAGCGCUCAAAUGGAUCAAGUAAUCGGGAGCCUGGUGGCCAUGCCGAUGAUGUCCCACCACCUUGUUAUUCUCCAGGACCUGCACCUGCUUAUAUUGAACCUAUAGUGAACUUUCCACAGCAGUCGCCGCCUCCAUACUACAGCUCAGAUUCCAUUAACUCGCAAUGUUGUCUGACAGAGCCAAACCUCCCGAAACACACAGUCUUCAGCAUUGGUUCCAGCAGACGUAAGACACUCAGAGGAGGUCAACCAGGUAUCACUGUUGGUGCCGUUUCUUUACGGAGCUAUUCUACUGAUAGUUCAGACAUCCAGCGUUUUAGGAUUCUUCCCUAUGGUGGUGAUGGCUGGUCUGUCCAGCAAAACAACCUGGACCCAUGCUUUGGUGAUAACGCAACACAAAGACUAGUUUUUCAGCUUCAAAAGAACCAGAACCAUACCCAGAGAAGACGGCUAUCUCCUUUAUCCCAGGAGGAAUGUACAGACUCUGGACGUGGCAGCCCAAGUGGUGUCCGUACGAUGCAUUAUCCAAAAAUAAGACUGCAGCGAAGCUCUUCCCAUCAGAGGCUGUUAUUGGAGAGUAAGCAGAAAAAUGGCACAGACUUCCAGACUGUACAGGACAAUCAAACCAGUCUGGAGCCGGAUUCAAAAAAAGCCUCUAAUUGUUGUACUUUUAAAAUCACUGGGGAAGCCCCCAGAAGGCAGCAACAUUUCAAGAUCUACUUUACCCCUGGUGGAGAUUCUGAUAGUGACCUAACAACACACAACCCAAAGACCAGAGAUGACUUCCUGGGACAAGUUGAUGUUCCUCUCGGUCAUCUGCCGACAGAGGACCCGGCCAUGGAGCGUCCAUACACAUUCAAAGACUUCCUGUUGCGGCCAAGGAGCCACAAGUCCAGGGUGAAAGGUUACCUGCGACUGAAGAUGGCCUAUUUACCCAAACAAGGAGGACAUGAGGAGGAGGAGGCUGGAGAGAUGAGGGAAGAGGCUGAGGGUUGGGGUGAUGAGUCUGUGGAUUCAGACUCACAAAGACCUCAGCAGCUUCUUCCUCCAUUGCCUCCAGGCUGGGAAGAAAAGGUGGACAACCUGGGACGGACCUACUACGUCAACCACAACAACCGCAGCACACAGUGGAAACGGCCUUCCAACAUGGAUAUGAUCUCAGAAAUUGAGAGCGACAAUCAGCAGCGGCAAAUCCAUCAGGAAGCGCACCGGGUAUUCCGAGCCAGGCGCCACAUCAGUGAAGACCUGGAGAACGAGCGCCUGGAUUCCAGGGACAUGGACAAUUCCUGGGAGCUCAUCACAGAAGAGGAUCCCAGCGACGGCGUGGCCCAGUCCCUACCCGGCCCCUCCUCUGCUCUGACACCACAGCGCUCGCCUACACCUGUUGCCCAGGAGUUCUCUGAAGAUUUGAAUAUGAGGUUGUCGCUCACCCCUGAUACUAACGGUGAAGUGCCAGGGCCCAGCUCUCUGAGCCAGCUGUCAAACAGACUUCGCUCCUCGAGUAUGACAGAUGGAGUCCGUGAUCAGGCCCAGGCCCCUCCAAUAACGCAGAGUUCCCAGACCAGAAGAACAAGAGCUCAAACAGUCUCAGGUGGUGAGGAGCCCAUGUCUCCCUCGGCAGCUCCUUACGCCCUGACCACCCCCGGCCUGCCCCCUGGAUGGGAGGAGAGGAAGGAUACCAAGGGAAGAACUUAUUACGUCAACCAUAACAACCGCACCACUACUUGGACUAGGCCAAUUGUGCAGCUGACUGAAGAUGGAUCCAGCACCUCAGCAGCAGCAGCAGCACCGUCAGGAGGAGCCUCUGCCCUGUCUCCCACUUCCACCCCCUCCUCUUCUUCCAAUGCCUCCAACAACCACCUCCAUGAGCCCCAAGUUCGACGACCUCGUAGCCUCAGCUCCCCUACUGUCACCCUUUCCACCCCUUUGGAGGGGGCCAACCACAUCCAGGUGCGAAGGGCUGUUAAAGACACUCUCUCCAACCCCCAGUCCCCCCAGCCGUCCCCUUACAGCUCCCCGAAAUCACAACACAAAACGCAGCAGAGUUUCCUGCCUCCAGGCUGGGAGAUGAGGAUAGCCCCAAAUGGGCGGCCCUUUUUCAUCGACCACAACAGCAGAACCACCACCUGGGAGGAUCCCAGGUUGAAGUAUCCAGUCCAUAUGAGGAAUAAGAACUCAAUGGAGCCGGGUGAACUUGGUCCUCUUCCUCCUGGAUGGGAAGAAAGAGUUCACACAGACGGGCGCACCUUUUACAUCGACCACAAUACCAAGACCACGCAGUGGGAGGACCCCCGCUUACAGAGUCCAGCUAUCACAGGACCUGCUGUUCCCUACUCCAGAGAGUUCAAGCAGAAAUACGACUACUUCAGGAAGAAAUUAAAGAAACCGGCUGAUAUCCCAAAUCGUUUCGAGAUGAAGCUGCACAGGAACAACAUCUUUGAGGAGUCAUAUCGUCGAAUCAUGUCGCUGAAGAGGCCGGACGUUCUGAAGGCACGCCUGUGGAUCGAGUUCGAGUCGGAGAAAGGAUUGGACUAUGGAGGCGUGGCCAGAGAGUGGUUCUUCCUUUUGUCUAAAGAGAUGUUCAAUCCGUACUACGGCCUGUUCGAGUACUCUGCAACGGAUAACUACACACUCCAAAUCAAUCCCAACUCUGGUCUGUGCAACGAGGAUCACUUGUCCUAUUUCAAGUUCAUUGGGCGCGUGGCAGGGAUGGCUGUGUUUCAUGGAAAGCUGCUGGAUGGUUUUUUCAUCCGGCCGUUCUACAAGAUGAUGCUGGGAAAACAGAUCUCUCUUAAAGACAUGGAGUCUGUGGACAGUGAAUACUAUAACUCACUGAAGUGGAUUCUGGAGAACGAUCCCACAGAGCUUGACCUGAGGUUUUGUAUUGACGAGGACAACUUUGGACAGACUUAUCAGGUGGACCUGAAGCCCAGCGGCUCAGACAUGGUGGUCACCAAUGAGAACAAGAAGGAAUACAUAGACCUGGUCAUCCAGUGGAGAUUCGUCAACCGGGUCCAGAAGCAGAUGAAUGCCUUCUUAGAGGGCUUCACAGAACUCAUUCCCAUCGAUUUGAUCAAGAUCUUUGAUGAAAAUGAGCUGGAGCUGCUGAUGUGUGGACUGGGUGAUGUUGACGUCAACGACUGGAGACAACACACUAUUUACAAGAACGGCUACUGCCCAAACCAUCCGGUGAUCCAGUGGUUCUGGAAGGUUGUUCUUCUGAUGGACGCUGAGAAGAGAAUCCGACUCCUUCAGUUUGUUACGGGAACAUCACGAGUGCCCAUGAAUGGUUUUGCUGAGCUUUACGGUUCUAAUGGACCUCAGCUGUUUACAAUUGAGCAGUGGGGAACACCAGACAAGCUGCCAAGAGCUCACACAUGUUUCAACCGCUUGGACUUGCCCAGCUACGAGUCUUUCGAGGACCUGAGGGACAAACUGCUCAUGGCUGUAGAGAACGCGCAAGGCUUUGAGGGAGUUGAUUAAAAUGCGGCGCCGUGGACUGAAUCCAACCCCCAAAAAGAAAAGAAAAGAAAAGCUACAGGGACAUGGAACCAGCUGCUGUAGCAGUUCUGUGUCAGCAUGCUUGUACUGUAAUGCCUGAGUUGGAGCCACCUCCUUGCCACGGUGGUUUGAGACUACAAUGACUUGUCGAGCCAUUAUGCCUACCUGUUUGUAUCUCGUCAGUGUGGGUGGGUCACUCCUUUUACGAUCCCGAGGGGAAGCGUGAUGUUUCAACGAUGAAAUCUCUAAUCAGCAAGCAUGAUAGAUGAAUGACCGGAGCCGGUUCACUAUUCCUUCCCCUCUGCCCUUGCCCUGUGAAAAUCUGCAGUGCUGGAAAACUCAGAUGCAUUUCAACAGAUGCAUUUCUCUACACUCUAGCACAGUAUUUGAGCGCCCUUCAGUAGAAGGGUCUAGCAUGGCCUUAACCUGGCUCAGACAUGCACUAUUUCUCUUUAGAAACCGCAAUCGCACUAUAAUCACACUUCUGUCAAAUCUUUAGCCCAACACCAGAUUACCUUAGGAAUGCUAGCCAAUCACAUUUCAGGAAACCAGACACGCCCCUCCAUAGAACCUGGUCUUUGCCAUGUGAUCACAUUUUGCUGCUGCAGCCUUUGUAAACUGAGUUUUUUUCUUUUCUUAGGCAUAGGUGAAAUAUUUAAGAAUGGGGUACAAACACAUCCCCAGAUAUGACAUUUAAAGAACAUCUCUAUAGUUUUGUUGUCAUGAAACCAGUUUUCUUUUAAGAAUUUGUAUUACUUACAGAUAAACACUUCUGUGUAUUUGUACUAAUGUUCUUUACUAUUUCAACCGAUGUAAAUGACAUAAUGUGUGAAGUACAACGCUGGUUAGUCAGGGGGACGAUGAUGUCAUUUGUUACAGUGAUAGCAGAUGUGUUGAAAACCUUAUCGUAGUGCUUUAAAGCAGCAUGAACAUGUAUGAUGUGUUCUUUUGACUGCAUACUAAUGGAGAUGUAAUGGUCUGGAGGUCAUGAAGGGAUAACUGUGGGGAGUUACUCUGAUUACUUUAUUCUCAUGCCUGUUGCUGUUCAUAAUGCUGUAAAUGUUCUUGGGGAAAACAUGCAUUUUUAAGUACUUUCAGGAUAUAUAAAUAUAUGUAUGCAUUACAUUUAACAGAAGUAUUACUGAUCAACACUAAAAUGAAGAUGUGUGUGAGGAUGUUGGAAUGAAAAGCUGUGAUCACCGCUGAACAUAAGCGCAGCACGUUUCUUACAAAAAACAAAACAAAAACAAAAAUGUCUUCUUUUUUUUUUAGUUCUUUCUCCUUUUUCUAAUGCUAUCGAACCUGAAGGGCACUUUACAGAUCACUCUGAGCUCAUGUCACCUGUUUGUCUCGUCAUCUACUUGAAUGUGUUUCCUUUAUUUCCAUUCAGAGCACUUGGUGCAUUGUGAAUAGUCUGUAAAUCCGGGCUGCUGCUAUAGUAGGAAAAAGUGAAAGUGAGCCUUUAAAUCCUCUCGUUUCUUUGCUGUUUUAUCUUUUUGGCCUCUAUAUUUUGCUCCCCCUCCUCGCUGUAGUCUCACAUUUCCGACUUUGUACUGAUUUUUUUAGCAGGUUUUAUUUCAAUGAAUGAAAAAUACAACUUUUGUUAUUGAUUCCACUACUUCCUGCAACUCUGUGGUUCAUUUGAUUUCAGUCAAAUAAAAAAAAUCAAGCUUCUUA